GAAGACGACGAGAAAAUGGACAUUAUGCGUCGGGCAUUUCAAAUGUUCGAUACCCAAAAGACUGGCUUCAUCGAAACUCUGCGACUCAAAACGAUUCUAAAUAGUAUGGGUCAAAUGUUCGAGGAGAGUGAAUUGCAGGAGUUGAUCGAUGAAAAUGACCCUGAGAAUACGGGUAAAGUAAAUUUCGAUGGCUUUUGUAAUAUAGCUGCCCAUUUUCUCGAGGAAGAAGAUGCCGAGGCUAUACAAAAAGAAUUGAAGGAAGCAUUUCGCCUGUACGAUCGUGAGGGUAAUGGUUAUAUGAAAGAAAUCUUAGCUGCUUUGGAUGAU